AUGAGAAAAGUUAAUAAAGUUGUCCACUCGGAUCCGAAUGUCGAAGAGCUCCUACUCUCCCUCCAAAUAGAGAACGAAUCCUUCGAAGAGGAUCAAGAGUCGGAAGAGGCCUCAGAAGACUCGCAUGCAUCCUCGGAUGAGAUAGAGUACAGGAUCAUAGGAGAAUCGGGAUCCAGUGGCUUUUCUGCAACAGACUUUAGCGCGAAGGUUCUGAAGGAAAAGGGAGAGUAUAAUAUUUCCAAGGGCCCCUUGCCUUUCUCGUUGUUUGAGAUUGUUGGUAAUAAAGGACGCACGGAGUCCACCGUCAUUACAAGCCAGAAGUUUUCCAUUGGGGGAGGAAGAUACGACUACGGGUUCACUCCUUCGGAUCUAAAGAGAUACAGAAUCAAGAGAAAGAAGAAGACAAAGGAGGUGUGUCCCAAUUGGGAAGAUAUUUCCGAGGAAAAAAGAAAUGAGCCCAAGAGAAUAUGCGUUAGGUCUUUGAGGCUAAAGAGUAGAAAGUGA